CUCUCUUCUUUCUCUUUUUCCUCUAACUUCUCCAUCAUUCAUUCCCACAUUCAUUGUUCAUAUCAUGCCAGGCACUCUCCCGCUGGAAAUUGCUUCGUCGCUGCGUGUGGUUCUCGCUGGAGACACGGGCGUAGGCAAGACAAAAGCACGCGACUUGAUUCUUAAUACUGUCCCCGGACAGGUUCAGUCUACUCAGGAACCAUCUGUAUCUGAUUUUAUGACACUUUCGGCCCGGGAUAAUAAUGGGUCAGAUGAGGACGACAACGACUCUAAUAGUGAACCAAGUAUUAAAGGCAAUAAUGAUACAGCUUGUGUGGUUAAUAAUGGACGGGUCUACAAUGAAAGCCAGCAUCUAGUUAGGGGUACAGUCAGUACCCUCGAAAUCCCCAGAUGGCUUUUUGUGUCAACAAAAUCUUCGGCUGAAGGUGAUGAACCUGAGGACGGCAACAACAAUGGUGAAGGCGGAGGCGACAAACAGAUGGAUGGUGACGAUGUCAAGAUGGUGCCUGCAGAGAACGUUGUCGUGCAUGACUUUGUUGGAUAUGGACAGACUUUGGAUGCACGUGAAACUAUUGACAGGGUUGAUACCUUCUUGACAGAACAGUAUGUCGCCACACUUGGUCUGUUUGGUAAUGCUAUCACUCCUCUUUCUACCGCCACUCGCCCUGGACCCCCCUCUGCCCAACAACCCCAAUACUAUCCCUUCCUUGAACGACUUCUUGUGGAUUCCCCUAUGGCACACUCACUGCCUGACGCAUGUCUUUACUUCGUUUUGUAUGAUCUCAAGCCAGUUGACAUUAUUUUCAUGAGACGAAUUAUGCAUCACAUCAAUUUAAUCCCCAUCCUUGCCAAGGCUGACACCCUCUCUAUUAAUCAACUUUGGAAGUCCAAAGCCAGGCUUCUGAAACAGCUCCAAGACAAUCAGAUUGAGUUCUUUCGGUUUGGAUACACUAUUGAGGAGCUUCGAGAAAUGGCAGAUGAGAAAAUGGUGGGAGGACCGCCUUUCGCAUUGUCAACAACCGACCUAGAGGCUCAGCUUGUGGGACCCACUGCCACCGGCAGUCUCUCGGAUCUGGCCAACUCAAUCAACGAGGGCAAAUUCUCGAAAUCGCACUCGGAUCUUGCAUUGCUUCAAUCAUUGCUAUUGGGGUCCAAAAACAGAAUGCUACACCAGGCUUCAGUAGAGAAAUUUAUGAACCGCUGGAAAUCCGAUUUGGGAUUGUCAUUGGAGCAAGCAACCCCCGCUGUUGCUGCCACUGUGAGCACCAUUGCAACUACUUCUACUGAUUCUCCCCCUGAGAUCAAUACAGAAGAGAGGAAGGCAGCUCAACUACGACAGGAGAAUGCUCAACCCUCUCCCCCUACUCCAGCGCCAGCGCAAGUACAGGAACAAGAGCAAACUCGAGGGUUGCAACAACAUGAAACAAUAUCACAACCCGAACCACAGCCUAUGCUACAACAACCAGCAGCUCCAGCUCCAGUCCAACAACAACAGCACGCCCCUGUCUUCCAACAGCCUUUAUACAUCCCGCAGCCUCAUCACCAUCCAGUUGCACAACGUCAGCUUCCCCCAGCGCUACAACAACAAACAUAUCAACCCACAUCAUCAUAUACCAGCUAUAUGGCACAGCAGUCGCAAACGAACCUGCUGUCGUCUAUCCGGACUGGGUCAGCUGGAGGUUCGCCUGCAGGGGAUGACGAAGUAGCGCAGGUAAUUAAACUGAAUCGGGCGCAUAGCGUGAUCCGCGCUGCAUCUCCAACAACCAAAAUAUAUACUCAAGGCAACAUCAUCCCUGCUAUUCCCAUCCCUGCUUCUUCACCAUCACCACUCAACCACAUGAACUCACCCGUCGCAUCCAACGCCACACAUAGCACUAGAGCUUCGGAAUGA